AUGUCAAGCUCCGUAGUUGUCAAUGGCGUGCCGGAGAUCAAGUCGAAAGUGGUGGAAACGCCUCUCCUCAUUGUCGGUGCGGGGCCAGCUGGUGGCUCGUUGGCAUGUUUCCUCUCCUAUCCGCCCUAUUCAAUGACAGGGAUCAUGAUAUCUGCUGCAACUACAACGUCACAGACACCGAGAGCACACAUUACGAAUCCAGCCGCCUUUGAAUGUCUCCGAGACAUCGAUUUGGAGCAGACUUGUCUCGCUCAGGCAGUUGAGGGCGACUGUAUGGUCCACACCCGCUGGUGCCAUGAUAUGACCGGCGAAGAAUAUGCCCGAAUCUAUUCCUGGGGCAAUGACCCAAAAAGACACGGAGAGUAUGAAGCAGCUACCCCUUGUCAUCAUGUGGAUUUGCCUCAAACGAUUUUUGAGCCUAUUCUGGUUCAGAGAGCGUCAGCUCAAGGAUGGGAUGUCAGAUUUCGAACAAGCUUCGUCGACUUCAAGAAAGAAGAUGACGGCAGAGUCCUCAGUCGUGUACGGGACGAACUGACCGGGACCGAAUACUACAUCCGCUCCCAAUACCUAUUUGGAUGUGAUGGAGCAAGGAGUCAAGUCUUGCGAGAGCUCAAGAUUCCUUUGAUCAAGAAGCCGGGCCAAGGGUUGGCCUUGAAUGUCUUGGUCAAAGUGGAUCUGAGUGACUAUGUCGAGGCCAGGAAGGGAAACCUGCACUGGGUGUUUCAACCUGAAAAAGAAUAUCCAGAUUUUGCCUGGAGCGGAUUGAUUAGAAUGGUCAAACCGUGGCACGAAUGGAUGUUCAUUCUCUUUCCCAAGCCUGGAACAGAGUGGAAAGAGCCUACCCGCCAACAGUACGUGCAAAGAUGCAAGGAAAUCGUUGGCCGAGACGAUCUUCCCUUGGAAAUCCUCGAUAUCUCGAAAUGGUACAUCAACGAAAUUGUGGCAGAGUAUUACUCCGAAGGCAACGUCUUCUGCCUAGGCGACGCCGUGCACAGACAUCCUCCAUUCAAUGGCCUCGGUUCCAACACCUGCAUUCAAGACGCGUUCAACCUGGCAUGGAAGAUCAAAUACGUCGCUCAAGGCCUAGCAUCUCCCUCAAUUCUAGAAACAUUCAGUCAAGAACGGCAACCCGUAGGCUUGGGCGUGAUAACCCGUGCGAACCAGGGUAUCCGGGAUCACGUUCCUGUCUGGAAAGAAAUGGGUCUCAUGGAGGAGACAAUAGAGAAGAGAAUGAAGAUUUUCAACAGCCUGAAAACAGCCACACCCGAAGCCCGAGAUCGGAGAAAACGAGUCAAUGCAGCGAUCGAAGGGACAAGUCACGAAUUCCACGGUAUCGGCGUAGAGAUGAAUCACCGAUAUGAUUCAACAGCCGUCUACCUCGACGACGAAAUCAAGGCGAAUACUCCAAAGCCUGAAUGGCCUGAAGACCCAAUCUUGCAUCAUAGAGUCAGCACUUACCCGGGCCACAGGCUUCCUCAUGUGUGGUUGAACCGGACCAUGCCGGCCAAGGAUCAUACCUCAACGAUUGAUUUAGCGGGACAUGGGCGGUUCUGCCUGCUUACUGGUAUCGGGGGCGAAAAGUGGAUUGAGGCGGCAGAAAAGGUUGCUCAGGAGCUCGGAGUGGAGAUCAAUGCCCACACGAUCGGAUGGGGACAGGAAUGGAUCGAUGUUUAUCGUGACUGGGAACGGAAAAGAGAAGUUGAGGAAGACGGAUGUGUACUUGUUAGACCUGAUCGGUUUGUUGCCUGGAGAUCAAUGGGUCUGCAGGGUGACUGUGCUGAGAAGCUGAGCGAGGUCCUGAAGAAAGUUCUCGGACGGUCAUAG